AUGUCCAAUCCCCAACAAAGAUCACCGAUCCUCAUAGCCGGCGCAGGUCUCUCAUCUCUCUUACUUGCCCAAUCACUCUUACGGUCCCAAAUACCCUUUCAGAUCUUCGAGCGCGACGCGAGCUUAUCCUUCCGUGGACAAGGGUAUAGACUCCGACUAUCUAACGAAGGUCUAGAUGCGAUCGAAGAUGUGCUGGGUCCAGAUGAGUUCCAGAGGUUCUACGAUAUAUGCGGUAAGACAGGUGGAAGUGGUUUCACAGCGAUGAACGCUGUGACAGGGGAAGAGAUCGAACAUACUGUACCGGAGAAAUUGGGUAGUAGAGAUAAUUUGAUUGUUGGUAUCGCAAGAGGAGAAAUGAGGAAGUUCUUCUUAGAAGGGUGUGAGGAAUACAUACAAUGGAAUAAAAAAGUAGUAGAUUAUCAAGAUACACCUCAGGGAGUGAAAGUGAUAUUUGGUGAUGGCAGUGAAUCGGUUGAGGGAUCAAUGUUGGUAAUAGGAGAUGGAUUGAAAUCCAAGAUAAGCAAGAAAUUAUCUGAAGGAAAGAUCAAACACUUUGAUACGCUCGCGAUCGGUAUACAUGGUCAAGCACCUACCACAGCAUUCAAAGGAUUAGGUGAAGGUGUUUUUAGGUUGAUAGACAAAUCAGUGGAAGGAGAGGGUGAUGAAGGAGAAGCGAAGUUUUUCGUCAUUACCAAUGUCAGAUCAAAAGAUAUGGAUGAUCCAACCCUCCAAUUCGGUUGGACGAUGGCUGGUUCACCAGGAUUAAUCAAAGCUCCAAAUAACGAUUAUACAAUCAUCGGUAAACAGGCUGCAGACAUUGCUAAGUCCUUGACAUCAAAAUGGCACGAAAAGUUAAAACCGCUAUUUGACCAGAUGGUAGAAGAUGAAGCUGCAUUUUGGAAAAUUACUUGUUCGAGUCCAUCUGGCGUACCAGUGUGGACGAAUCAUCCUAGGAUCACUGUCAUUGGAGAUGCGGCUCAUUCGAUGACGCCAGCUGGAGGAAUCGGGGCGAAUACAGCUGUGAGAGAUUCUGCAUUGUUGGGUAGACUGAUCAGAGAGGCUGGAGGGUAUAGGGAGGGGCUGACGAGGGAGUACGAAGAGAAGAUGAGAGUCUAUGCGAGUGAGGCUGUAGCGAUCAGUUAUGGAUUGGCGGAGAAACAGUUUGGGAUUAGGAUCGAUGAGGAGACUUCACCUACUGUGUGA